UCGACGUAGGGACCGACGCGGUGGCGUUUUUGUGGUAACCUCAAACGUCAAAUAGCGGUACAAAAACAAAUAAUGUAUUGUUAAUUGUUAUCUUAAGUGUAAAAAAAUGUCUUACUCGGUAAAUAUAUCAGUGGAAGCGCCUAUAGAAAACCAAAUACAAGAAAUCACGUACGAUGGAACGGAAAUAUACCAACCUCCGUUGACUCUAUCAGAAAGUCUCACCAAAUACGCCCAAAAAAUCGACUUUAGCAAAACUAGUGAUAUUGACUUUAAAAAAGAACCAGGGGAGGCAAUUGAAGACAAUAAAUCUGACUCUGACAGUAAAGACGCUUUCCAGUCAAGUCUAUGGCCAUGGGACUCAGCCAGAAACAAACUACGCAACGCAUUUCAGGAAGUUUGCGUCUUGGCUGACGUCCUUGCCAUAGCUAAGGACAAACGCUACAUGGUCUUGGACCCCGUCCAACAAGAACCGAUUGAAACCAAACCAAUGGUGCAAAUAUACGCCCGUAAGAAAGCACUAGCUGGGGCUGCCAGUGUCCUACUCACUGGUGCCGAACGACUGAAAACGUCCCAAAACGAAGCUGCCAGAAACAGAACUGUCCCAGAUUUUCACAUAGAAUUGUUAAGAUUGCGCCAAAAUUGGAGGCUUAAAAAAGUCUCAAAUACAAUAAUCGGGGACUUGAGUUAUCGCACAGCUGGCUCUAAAUACACACAAACUGGCACUUUCGAAGUUACGAAAGCUGAAGACGAUGAUAAGACAAACAGUCCGCCUAGUAGUCCAAUACCUGGAGGUGCCACAACGGCCAAAACAAAUUCCGCUUUGCGAGUUUCAAUUCCUUCAGAAUUGCAAGGGGUGGCUUAUAUUGAAGUUUUGUGUCAGAAAGAUCAAGAAGAUCUCUGUAGUGUUAAUGUAAAUUUGUUAGGGUCAGGUCCACCAGCUUCAAACCCUGACAUGCACUGGCAACAGAAGUUAGAAGCGGCGCAAAAUGUUUUGUUCUGUAAAGAAUUAUUUAACCAACUUGCCAAAGAAGCAGUUCAGUUGCAGGCGCCUAUACCACAUAUGGUUGUAGGAAAUCAAAUUAUGGCCACGGUUUUUCCCGGCAUUCAAUUAAUAAUAGGAUUGUGUCACUCAACUGUAGGCGACAAAAAACAACAAAACAAUAACUCAUCAAAAACCGAUCAUGACCACGUAUUGGAACACUCAUUACACCAGUUAUUGCGAGAAGUCCACCACAAAAACACCCAUCACCCAUUCCCCCACCCAGCAACAGGCCCAUUAGGCCCCUCAAAGAAACGAAUGUUGGCCGGACCUAUGGCCGCAGACAGAUACGAAUUACUCGAAAUGACAAAAUCCGAAACACUUCUUGAACAAAUCAUCAAACAAGCGCAACACUUUUUCAUGAGAUUACGGACAGAAUACGUGCUUGAUACAAUAGCUAAAGAAGUGAAAGAUCCCCUUAUAAGCUCCCACUGGAACACUUUAAACAGUCCGACGCAAUCAUGCGUUAAAAUCAACAUUUCAACACAUGGUUAUGACGCUCUCUGUCGGACGCCUCUCGUGAUACACGUGGGUGAAAAAAGCCUCAAGUGCAUAUGUAGAGAUGGGAAAGUCAUGCACAUGAGUUACGAGCCGCAAGAAUUGCGAGAUUUGAUUUUUUGCCACAUAAACCAGCACCAAAUUUUGGCGGUUCAAGCGUUGGCUAAGACAAUGGGUUGGCAGUUUUUGGCCAAUUCGAACCAUUUGGGCACGGGGGCUGUGGAACCGCUGGGAAACGCUAGUUCGUGUCUUUUGGCGUCUCCCACAGGUGAUAGGAUUAUUGCAGUUAGGUGUGAGCCACAGACGGGUAUCCAGGUCUGUGUGGCUCAUUCGCCCAGGAGCGAUUUUUUCCCCAGUAGGUUGGUGACUGAGCGAAAGUGGGAGCAUUUAGGCGGACAGUUUAGGGAUGUUAGGUUGGAAAAAAUGGAAGGCAGGAAUUUCUUGCAUAAGAUGGAGUUGUUAAUGGCGAGUUUGACGAGUAGCUCGUAGGUUUGUGAAUAAUAAUUUUUUGUAAAAGUUAUAGGAAUCAGGGCCAUGGAAGUUGUUUGUUUGUCAGUAGGUACGUCCCGAGGAUUAUUACGAACUUUUUUAAUUUCAACUUGUUGAAAAAAAGCAGCUUUUUAUUAUUCCUUAGGCCAGAUGCGUGUUUAAAGUAUUGUGUACUUUUUGGAAAUACAUAAAUUACAUUUAAUUGUCGGCGAUGCGAAUGUGUAUUAAAGUUGUAUUUAUUUUAAGGAAA